AACUAUUUCCAGGUCCAGCUAAGAGCCAAAAACAAAUCAUACACUGCUAGUUUCUGUUCUAGAUCAAGCUAAGAUGGAGUUUUUCAACCAGGCCAAAGCCGUGAGGCUCCAGAGCCACCUCGACAAGUUCUUGACCGCCAACCCUGACGAAGAAACGGUCCGUCAGAGCCGCAAUGGUUCAUCACAUAAGGCCUGUUGGACAGUGGAGCUGGUGGAAGGUAAGAGCCAUAUCAUUCGGCUCAAGAGCUGCUAUGGUUGGUACCUGACUGCAUCCGAUGAGCCGUUUCUGCUAGGAAUGACGGGGAAGAAGGUGGUGCAGUCGGAUACGAGGGAGGCGUCAGAGGAGUGGGAGCCUAUAAGGGAAGGUAACACUCAUGUGAAGCUGAGGAGUAAAGAUGGGGGAAUGUAUUUGAGAGCUAAUGGAGGCACGCCUCCUUGGAGGAACUCUGUCACGCAUGAUUUUCCGUAUACAAGUGCGACGCAAGGUUGGGUUCUGUGGGCUGUUGAAGCUAUUGAUGUUUCUGAGUUUUCGGAUUCUGAUCAUUCUUUCAAUAGUUUGGACUCCAGUGAACCAUCUGUUGAUGCACAUUCUCCGUAUGGAGCUCAGCUGCUGGUUCAGAAUGGGGCGAAAUUCAACGCUCUGGCGCUUAGUUCACAGAUGUCGCUGCUAAAUGCAUCUUGGAUACAGCCGAACGGGAUGGAAUAUUUCGUGAAAGCAAAGGCAGUGAGGCUUCGAAACCGUCACGGCAAAUAUCUAGUAGCCGAUGAUGAUCAAUCAAGCAUUCGUCAGAGCCGCAACGGUUCAUCACAAAAAUCAACUUGGACAGUUGAGUUUGUAUCCGAUAAACGAAACAAGAUCCGUCUAAAAAGCUGCCACGGAUUGUACCUUACCGCGACUGCUGAGCCAUUCCUUCUCGGCAUGACUGGGAAAAAGGUCAUACAAAACCUCCCGGCCACAAAAUUGGACGCUUCUGUCGAAUGGGAGCCUAUAAAAGAAGGAACAUAUGUGAAACUUAAAACAAACGAUGCCAACUUUUUGAGAGCCAAUUGGGGCACACCCCCAUGGAGAAACUCUGUAACACAUGACAUCCCACAUAGAAGUGCAACACAAGAUUGGAUUCUAUGGGAAGUUGAGGUACUAGACUUUCGAGCAAUGCCUGUGGAGUACGAUACUUUACUUACUUUCUCCCCGAGUUUCUCCCCCGCAGUUCACAUGCUUUCACCAUAUCCCGGUCCACCUGUGGUCCUCUUUAAGCACGAAUACUCCCCCGUAAAAAUGCUGAGCAGUGGAAUGGAAUUUUUCACGAAAGCGAAAACGGUUCGCCUGAAAAGCCACCAUAACAAAUACCUACGAGCUGAUCAUGACAAGGAAAAUGUAUUCCAAAAUCGUCGAGGAUCAACAAAGACUGCGUUAUGGAUUGUCGAGUUUGUGCAAGAUGUUGAUACUGUGGUUCGGUUAAGAAGCAUUUUUGGGAGAUAUCUAACGGCUACCGAUCAAGAAAAGAUCCUAGGCCUCACGGGCCGGAAAGUUCUUCAAACUGUGCCUGCAAGAUUGGAUUCCUCCGUUGAAUGGGAGCCUAUUCGAGAAGGCUCAAAAGUGAAGCUUAAAACAAGAUACGGUAAUUUUCUAAGAGCAAAUGGGGGAUUACCCCCUUGGAGAAAUUCUAUCACGCAUGACAUUCCACAUGUGCAUAAUGGUUGGAUCCUGUGGGAUGUUGAUGUUGUUGAGAGACAGCCUGAUACUCCUAAAAAGGUUGAAAGAUCUGAAACUCCGGAGGUGGACGAGCCCUCUUCUUCCGUUCAUCUUCAAUCUCCUCCAUCCUCCGCGGAUGAGGCUGAUGACGCUGACGCUAGUCCACAGGUGAAAUCCGAGGGGCGGAUGGUAUAUUAUACUGUGGCGGAUGACAAGGGGAAGGUUCCUGAUGAUAAUGAAAGGGGAUGUUUUCACUUCACAGGGGUUGGAUUGGAGGAACUGGCUCAUCAGUUGGAGGAAGAAACAGGGAUUGAAAGUGUGAUUUUGUGUUCACGAAAUCCUCUGAAUGGGAAACUUUAUCCUCUUCGUUUGGCUCUUCCACCGAACAAUGCCAGUGUCAAUGUUGUUUUAGUUUCUUCCACUUCCACAGUGGCUAGUGAAUUUGCUUAAAGACGGACCUCAACUAGGUUCUCCGCCAUGCACUAACUCAACC